AUGAGAAGGUGCGAGAGGCUGGUCUUUCCACCUCCCGCCGCAGGAGCCACCAAAGACAUGGGCAAGAUGCUGGGGGGGGAGGAGGAGAAGGACCCCGAUGCAGCCAAGAAGGAGGAGGAGCGGCAGGAGGCGCUGAGGCAGCAGGAGGACGAGAGGAGGAGCAAACACGCCCGCAUGGAGGCCGAGAGGGAGAAAGUACGGCAGAGCAUCAGGGACAAGUACGGGCUGAGGAAGAAGGAGGAGAAGGAGGCGGAGCAGCAGGCGGCCAUGGAGCAGGCCAGUGAGGGUUCUCUCACGCGGCCCAAGAAGGCGAUUCCUCGAGGCUGCGGAGACGACGAGGACGAGGACAGCCUCCUGGCCUCCGUCCUCAAGCUGCUGCCCGGGCCGCUGCAGGACAUGCUCAAGAAGUAG